AUGGACGUGGAAGAUAAUACUCCGGAGUCGACGGGUAUAUGGGCGGAGGCGGUGUCUAAGUUCAUGAGGACCACGCGCUUCGUUCUUAACGACGAGAAUUGCACUCUAUAUCAAGGGCUGGGCGACUGCACCGAGUUUCAAGGCACCGCCGACGCUCUGAUCGAUACGUUGCAAACACUAGUUGACUUCCCGUUUCGACCUAACGAAUGGAUGCCUUCCGUCAUAAGGCGCGAAAUCGGCUUUCCGAUAAUUCAACUUGUGCGGAUUGUACUAGAAAAGGAGAUUGGCAACGGCAAAGACGUGCUCAUGGCCAUCGGGGGUUUCUUAACGCAGGUCGUCGCUUCGCAAUGGUAUUGCCGCCGUAGUAGGCUUGUAACCAAACUACUAAUUCACAUGAGCGAAUGUCUUGCACGUCCGGGCGUGCAGACGGGGUCGCCUGUACUGGAACUGGCUAUGGAGCCGUUCGUGGAUUUGCUAGAUGUUCUAGCUAUAGCUACGAUUAUGGUGCGUGAGAACCAAUAUGAAGAGUUUGCCGAGGCGCUAUUAUCAGUAAUGGAAGAGUAG